CUCAGGGAAUAGCGACCAACCUCCUCACCUUCGCCAUGGCCCCCAAGCUCGACCCCAACGAAAUCAAAAUCAUCUACCUACGGGCAACAGGGGGUGAAGUCGGUGCAUCUUCAGCACUUGCCCCAAAAAUCGGUCCUCUCGGUCUGUCACCCAAAAAGGUUGGAGAAGAUAUCGCUAAAGCUACCUCUGCAUGGAAGGGUCUACGGGUGACUGUCCAGCUUACGAUCCAGAAUCGGCAAGCAGCAGUCUCUGUCGUUCCUUCCGCUUCCUCCCUUGUCAUCCGGGCGCUCAAGGAGCCCCCCCGUGACCGGAAGAAGGAGAAGAACAUCAAGCACUCGGGCAAUGUCACUCUUGACGAGAUUUUCGAAAUUGCCCGAACGAUGAGGUCCAAGUCGCUAGCAAAGGACUUGGCUGGCGGCGCGAAGGAGAUCUUGGGCACGGCCCAAAGUGUUGGCUGCACAGUAGAUGGGCAGCCUCCACAUGAUAUCAUCGAUGGUAUCAACUCGGGGGAUAUUGAGGUGCCAGAUGAGUAAAAGACUGUCGAACACACGAGCCAGUCUUUUUAUUCGCCCGCCAUGUAUUUUUUUUUGACACUACUGCAUACAUCAAUAUAUCUAAACGCUCACAUGUCCUUCCCGUGCGCACAUUGCAUUGGAGAAAGAAUCUUGAGAGGGAUGAGGGGUGUCCCCGACUCCCCAUGUUAGUGGAGGAGGGCUCUGUCGGGUACCCCCGUGUCCGGGGCCUUUUCGGUUACAAUCAUUUGACACCUUAUUGUUAGAAGGCUUGUCACUCGCAGAGCCCCUUUUUUCCGUUAUGCAUGCCUUGGUGGGCUGCUCCUACAUGGUGUCUUGAG